AUCAACUUUUCCUUUGAGCAGGAAUGGAGGUGAUUCUGAACUCUGUGACUACCAAGCACUUCCAGGGCUCUCGGCGGACCCACUCCCCGUUCAGGCACUCUGGAGAGGUCAUCAACCCAUCUGAGCUGGCCAUACUGGACUGUCUGACAGAGGGGGGCAAGGCACUCACCCUGAAGGCCCACUUCAUUGCCCUGCUUCCUGAUCUGACUCCUCUGGCCCAGAGCCUGCUCUACCUCAACCUGUCCUUCAAUGACUUCACUAUCUUCCCAGUGGAGGUGUAUGAGCUCAUGCAGUUGGAGGUGCUGAAGAUGAGAGACAACCCCAUAGAGGAGAUACCCACCGGCAUCCACAGACUCACCAGGCUCAAAACCUUUGUCAUCUCCUUCUGCAAGAUCACCUCCCUGCCGUCAGAGCUGUACCAGCUGCCCACCCUGCAGUUUCUAGAUGUAUCCUACAACCUUCUCUCAUCCCUAUCAAAUGACAUCAGAAAACUCAGGACUCUGGAGUACCUGAAUGUGGAGGGGAACCAGCUGCCUGGCCUGCCCUGUGGGGCCCUGCGCCUCUCCCUCACCCAGCUCAGGAUCUCCAACAACUACAUGCACCCCUACUUUUGGAAGGGCUGCAGCUGGAACUCUCCCCAGGAUCUGCAACACUCAGCCACUAUGACCCUCUCUCUCACAGACACCUGUCUGCGCUACGCCAGCUUUCCCCCUGAGGCACAGUUGGCCCUUAGCAGGGUGGGUGUGUGUGACUGCUGUAGGGGUCCUAUGUACGGACCUGGACUCAAGGUGAUCCGGCCCUGCUACAAUAUCUUCGGACUACACAGGGUGCCCUUCAUCUUCUAUGCCUGCACCCCAGCAUGCCACUGGAACUUCAAGAACCAGACCAAGAGUCUCUCCAGUCCUCUGUAUGGAGAAGACACAACUCACAAUAGUGAACGACUAACAUGACUAUGAAGGAACCAAUACUGAGGCUACUGUAUCUUGGCCUUAAUAGCCAAAGACCUCUGAAUAUCUAUCUCAUCAGCUCUACUAAUCUUGUGGCAAAUUGUAACCUUACCAUAAUGUCUACUGAUGUCACUGUCUUUAAAUAGCCUUGAGUAGUUGUCUGCAAAACAUGUAAUUUGCACAGCAAGCGCAUGUGAAAACUCCCAUAAUUAUGGCACUUUUAAUGUCUUUAUAUUUUCCAUUGA